AUGGCGACCCAAUCAACCCUUUCCACCUCAAUCCCCGAUAUUCCCCCAAUAUGUGAUGUCCAGCUCCCUCACACACUAACAAACUUCGCCGGCCUCCUUGCUCUCGGACCUACGAUCACAGAGCGCAAGAUCCCCCGUUACUGUUGUCACACGUGGAAGCCAGAAGUCUUCUCCGUCAAUGAAACUGCGUACUUGCAGAAAAACAUGUACGAUGUCCAUGAGUGUUCGAAUAGAGAUCCGAGUUUUGUGUGCGCUGCGUUACUGAGGGAAGAGAGCAAGGUUAGUGGCGCAUUUGGGUGUUUGAAAGGGAUAAAGGGCAGUGCGGAUGUGAGCAUGAAGGUGCCUGGGCAGGAAUAG